CCAGAGCUCGCGUGGUGAACGGCGAUUUUGCCAUCUCACGCCGCCUGUCCGCCGUGUCCCUUGUCUGCGAGUGAGCGUCUGUGGCGGCCCUGCCUGUCCGCCGCUCCCGUGUCGGGUUUUCUAUAGCGUAGAGCAGCGAGCGUAGCGUAGCUCAGUGGCGUUUGUGUGGACUGACUGUCCAGCGGCGUGUUGGUUGGUUGUCUCAUUCGUGUGAGCCGAGCCGGCGGCAGCCAUGACGUGGGGAUUCUCCAACGGCGAACUCAAGGUGUACCAGCCGGUGGGCAAACAGAGCUGGGGCGCCGAGUGAGGGAGGGGAAGCAGACAGACAGACAGACAGACAGACAGGCGAGAGGGAGGGAGGGAGAGAGGGAGAGGAAGGCAGAUAAGAUCAGAUCUGACCUCGGGCUGCCUGGCCCUGCCCACGAAGCAUGUGUCCAUUGUGCUGUCUGUCGGUUGGGUAUGUGUGAUGUGAUCUCAUAUAUCAGCACCAGCCGACGCACUGUGUGGCGAAGCGGGUGUUCAUGGGAGCGGACACGCCCCAGCACGCGCCGCGGUACGCCGAGCCCGGCGAGAAAUUCUACAAACUCAGGGCCGAAACCCAGUGGUACUACUGGGGUAAGCAGCCACACACAUGGACACACACACACACACACACACACACAGACAAAUGCGGCAAAACACGAAGGCACCCACGCAAUUGUCCAAUUUUGCCUGUCUGUGUGUGGUUGUGUUGUGUUGUGUCUCACACAACUCUCAGUUGAGGAUUACACUGGUGUGUCGUUCACCAUCCGCAAGGAGGAGCAGCAGGAGGAGGGCAGUGGUUCGGUGGCCGAGCUGCUGACCCCCCUGGCGGCCUCCCAGACCAAGUGGGACAUCUCCCCGCCCGUCACCGAGCCCCCUCCCCCCGCUCCCAGGGAACAAGAAGACGACAACAACCAGCCUGACACUGAGGCACCGCAACUCACCACAGAGACCAACAACACCACCAAGGACGACGGCACCGACAAGAAGGAGUCGGCACCCACACCCGCACCGGCCCCUGCGCCGUCCACAGAGCAGCAUGCGUCCGAGAGGCACCACCAUAAGGGCGAGACGGACAGCACUGCGGCGGUGCUGCAAGACGACGGACCCGACGAUGACGAGCAGGACGACAACCAUCACCACCACCACCAGCAGCAGCAGCAGGGGGAGGUCAUCGCACCGAAGGACACCUGCCCCAGCCCCAGCCCCCCCACCACCACCAAGCCAGAGGAGCCGACCACCACCAUCACACAGGGCGGCAACCAGCACACAACCAAGGCCGACACCGCCACACCAUCACCCUCCCCAUCCCCACCGGCACCAGUGGUGACGGCCAACGCCGCCGCCCCGAUCGUCAAGGCCGAGUGUGCGGCGGGCGGCUGCGGUGAGCAGGGGCAGGACAACAAGGCGGGGGAGGGGGAGGGCAAGGGGGCUGGGGAGGGGCAGGUCGUCGGCGCCGUCAAGGAGGUCACGCCAUCGGCCUCCCCUUCGUCGGCAGCCAAGGCGGCCAAGGCCACCCAGGGCCCUGUGGGCGGUAGCGAGAGGAGUGCGGACGCGUCGACGACUGACGUUGAGGAGCACGAAGCCAUGCUGGCACACAAGCAGGCUGCCGCCGUGGCCACGGCGGCGGCAGGGGAGGGAGAGGGGGGUGAGGAGGAAAAGGAGGACGUCAGCGGCACCGAGGCCGCCGCGUAGAUAUAGAUAGACCACACACACCACACAUACUCACUCCCUCACUGGGGCGAGGCGAGAGAGGGAGAGAGAAACAGAUAGAGAGAGAGAGAGCGUGUGUAGAUGGAUGUCUGGAUGUCACACCUGUGUUGUGUUGUGAGUGUGCAAAGCACGCGCGCCGGCCGCGCAGGCAGGCAGGCAGGCACACGACGGACGCUGGUGUGUGCCCUUCGGUGCGGCGCCUGGCGUGCUGGUAUAUCGCUAUAUAGAUAUGCCAUAUGUCUGUUGGCUGCUGCUGGUGCUGCUGCUUGAUGAGAGAGAGGCUGUGUAUACAAUUGAUGAGAGUGUUCCAUAGAGGGAGGGAGGGAGGGAGGGAGAGGGACAGGAGGGACAGGAGGGCGGGGCGUCUGGUGCACGCGCACGAGUGCAUCUGUGUAUGGGUGCAUGUGUGUGCACAGGGUAUGUAACUAACAUACCCUCCCUGGCCGACUGACUGACUGAGUGAGUGAUAGUUGCCUGCCUGCCUGCCGAGUGUGAGAGGGGAGUGGAGGUGCGGUGAUGUCAAUAAUAUUGAGAGGAGGAAGGCGAUAGAUAGAUAGCCAGGCAGAGAGGAGGGAGGGACGAAUGACGGAGGAGGAAGGGAAGGAGGACGAAUGGGCGUUUUCUACAGACAGACAGCCACGGGGCCGCCCGUCACAAAGGAAAGGACUCCAGGGGCGGCUCGGGCUGGACGACUGACUCGCCUUCUCGCCUUCUGUAUCUAAACCUAUGCAUAUGGCCUGUAGGUAUUUGUAGGUCUUGUCGAUGGAAUCGAAUGCGCCCGCCUGACUGGUUGUUGUCCGAGAGUGAUGGUGCUAUCUGGUGGUGUUGCCGUGUGUUGCCUUGUGCUGUCUGUCUUGUCUUGUGCUGUCUGUCUUUGACGAGCUAUGCCAUUCUCUCAUCCUCCUUUAUAGGACCUCCAUGGCAUCCAUCCUUUCCGCUGCUAUGCUGCCUGCUAUGGUUUUCCCCAGCGCAAGCAUAGCAAGGCAAUUCACCAGUCAGGUCGAUCCCUCUGCGUUAAGACGGUUUCUCUAUGCUAUGACGAAUGAGUGAGUGGUUGUCAAUAGGUGGCGUGAUUCUCUCUCUCUCUCUCUCUCUCUCUCUGGCUGGCUUACUGCCUGCCUGUGUGGCUUCCUGCGCGGUCAAUCGUUUAAGUUGUUUCGCUUUGCAUGGCUGGCUGGCUGGCUGGCUGGCUGCUGGGCAGGGUCGGAGCCUGAUGUGAUUGAUGCCUUCCGUCACACAGAGCAUUGCACAUCACACCACAACACAACACAACACAGCGUUCUUACAGCCUGCCUGCCCGGCUGCCUGUCUACACACAUUUGUUGGUAUCUAUCGUGUCUGUCUCUGUCUGUCUGUAUAAUUGCAUACCCUUCAUCAUAUCAUCCAAUGGCAUUGUCUAUCUAAUCGUGUGCGUGCGAGUAUCCCCACACACCGUCGACCGACCAAUUCGACUGCCUGCCUGCCGGGCUGGCUGGCUGGCUGGCUGGCUCGUCUGGCGCCACAAACCAAGUCAUUUUUGGUCUGCCUCCAGGCCGGCCUGGUCCAUGAUCCAGGCAGGCCUAUGUCCGCCUGUCUGCCUGUCUGCCUGUCUGUCUGUCCAGCCCUGCCUGCUCGUCUGGAUGGAUGGAUUCAUUGCGUGCAUUUUAAUCGAGAGAGACGGGAUGGGGUCCCAGGGAGGGCUGCCUGGCUGGCUGGCUGGCUGCAUGGUGUCUGUCGUUUAAACCGGCCCACCACCGCGUACGUAUCUAUGAUCUGUCUGUCCAUAGCUAUCCUAUCUCAUGGCCUGGCGUUGUUUACCUUUUUCCCACACAGACACACAGGGCUUGAAAGGAAGGGCUGGGCAGCCCAGGUUUGUCAAGGUAAGGUGGUGGAUAAGAUAGAUAGCAUUCGGUGUCACCGCUGGGUGCGUUUGUGUGUCUGUCUGCAUCACACCACACCACAUCACAUCACAUGGCACACCUGCAUGUAGCUCCUGACUGACUCUAUCUGUGUGUGCGUGCAGUCACUCGCUUGCCUUGCCUUCUCCGCCUCUCUCUCUCUCUCUCUUGACAUCGCGCGUAUGUCAGUUUUGACCCCAUCUCUCUCUCUCUCUCUAUCUCUCCAGCUGUCUGUCUGUCUGUCUGUCUGUCGUCCUACAUGGUGCAUGCCAUGCCUUCAUCGGUGCAUGACAUGACGCGUCAGUGAAAGAGAGAGGAGAUAGCUUUAUAGCAGCACGUGAUGAAUUCGGUCCUCUCGUUUUGUGUUCGUGUCAGUCAUGGGUGCCUGCCUGCCUGCUUGACAUCUCACUCAUCUCUUCAUUCAGUUUAAUACUCGCGAGCGAUAUCAGAAAAGCCUUGCCGGGCCAGUAGGCACAUAGAUCACACAGACAGACAGACAGACAGAGCAACGACGAGCGGAUGAUGAACGACGAGAGAGCGAAGUGCUUUCGAAUGUGUGGCUG